AUGAAUUAUUAUAUUGAAGCGGAAUGUUUACGCAGUUAUAAUGACUUAGUUGUUAAUUAUAAUAAAUUAUUUAGUACAAAUUCGUAUUUAAAAAAAGAAAACAAACACUUACAAGUAAACAUAAGAACACAUUCAAAAUUAUUAGAAGACAGAAAAUAUCGUAUUUUUGAUAUAAUCCAAAAUCAAAUCGAACGUGAAAAAUGUUAUAUAGAACAAAUUGAACGGUUAAAAUGUAAAUUGUGUACAAAAGGCAAUGACAUAAAGACGCUGAAACAUAAACAGGACCUGAACAAGAAACAAAUUGACAAAUAUCAGAAAGAACUAAAUUUGAUUAAAGAAAAAUACCAAAAUCAACUUUGUAAAAUCGUAAAUACUUGUAAAUGCUGUUCGAGUAUUGAUAACAAAUCAGAAAAAUCAACGGUAGAUUCAACAUGUUCAUGUGAAGAUAAGUUAUCGGUAAAUUCAAAAUGUUCAAGUAAAGAUAAAAUAUCAGUAAAUUCAAAAAGCUCUUGUGAUGAUAAAUUGCCGGUAGAUUUGAAAUAUUCAUGUAAUGAUAACUCAACAGAAAAUGUUUGCGAGGUUAAAAUCUAUAGUGACGUGCAACAGUUACUGCUUGCUAUUGAUGCAUACUGUAAUUCAAAAACGUUAUGUAUUUCAAUACUAAUGUUAUUAAAACAAUCAAAGACGACUAUAAGUAGUUUAAUUGAAGAUAAUGAUAUCAGUAACAAUGCUCUGAAACAAUGUCAAAGUGACCUUGCUUGUUCUACGAACAAAUUAAACGAACAACAAGACAUGUUAGAAAAAAAAGAUUCUGAGAUAUUUACAAUGAGAUCAGAUUUUACUAUUUUGAUAGACGAAUUAAAAGAAAUAUUAAAACAGAAAUCAAAUUUGGAGAACAAACUAAGUCAAGUAACAGAAGAAUUGUCUUCCACGACUGAGAAUCAUGAACAAUUAUUACACAAAUUUGAAGAGCAGAAAGAGGAAUUAAACACUAUGAAAUCGUGUUCAAAGACAAAACUCUAUGCUGAUGAAUGCAUAUCAAAAGAAGUCUGUGAAAAAACACAAAUACUUUCAGACGAUAUUAAAAUUAUAGAUGGAUUGGAAAAUAAAUUACACAGUAUGGAACAACAGUUAGAAGAAACAGAACAUUUGAAAACAAUUUGUGACAACCAAUGUAAGGACCUAUGUACACAAAAUGAGGAAUUGAAGAACAAAUUAGAAAUAGAAAAAAAUAAUAACAUAAAAUAUGGUUAUAACAUUGAAAAUCUCUGUAAACGAAUUCUUAAAUUUGAAGCCAUAAUUAAAGCUCUUGAGGUUCAAAACAAAUUAUAUAUAGUGGACAUUUCUGAACUAAAGGAAAACAAAUGUGUCGCAGAACAAAAGUUCAAUGAAAUAAUAAAUGAACUAAAUUACACUAUUGAACAACUAAAAAAGGAAUUAGCUAUUACUAAAUUAAAUUCUGAAGAUUAUGAAAAAUGUUUAAAAAAUUUGAUCGAAGAAGAAAAAAAAUAUUCUGAACAAAAAAUUAAUUCAUUAAACAAUAAUAUUCAGAACUUAGAAACUGAACUUAAGUAUUAUAAAUGUCAAUAUGAUUCAUUAAUGACGAAAAACCUGUUAAACGAAAAAGAACUUUCGCAAUUUAUUGAGAAGAUUCAACUGCUACAAGCUCGAGAAUUUGAAUUGAACAAGGAAAACGAAGAAAAUAAAGAACGCGUAUCAAUGCUAUGUGCAACUGUAGAUGCUAUGAAAAUAGAACUAGAAGAAACAAUACAGAAAAACAAUGAACUAACUUCUCAAAAUUGUAAUUUAGAAGCGACAAACUUUGUGCACUGUGAAGAUAUUGAUAAAUUAAAUAAUACACUCGUCUGUGUGAGAAAAAAUGAAUUGUGUGCGCGAAAAGAUUUGGUUGUAUAUAAAGAAGCACUAAUGAAAGCGAACGAAGAAAUUGCUAAUUUAAAUUCAGAAAUUAAUUGCAUUAAAAAUAAAUUAGACAUAACUUGUGUCAACUUGACUUGUACAGAACAAAAGCUACAAGACACUGAGUUAAAACUGAACGAAGAAAUGUGUUUAAAAGAAAAUAUCAAUGAAAAAUAUGGUACUAUGGUUAAGUGUCUAACUACGAAUUGUGACAUGGAACAAUCAAUAAAACCAACUAAUCUGAGAUCCAUCGAAUGUCAGUACGAGAUAAAAGACUGUUGCUGUUUUACUGAUGAAAACAACAUGUCGUGUAAUGUUACUAACGAUGAAGUACAGACAUUACAUUAUGAAAAUACUUUCUCAACUAUUGAUUGUAAAAUGAAAAAAGAAUCUAAUCAUAUAGGACUACAGACAAAUUUGUGUUGUCCGGAAAUUUGUCCACCUGUUUGUAAAACGGUAUCAUUGAUUAUUGAGCAAUCUUGUCCAAACGAUAAUAUUUUGUGCUGCCCCGAACCAUGUGAUGCCAAUAAAUGUGACCCAUGUCAAUGUGAAUCAAAUAACAGUUGUACAUGUUCGUGUGAGCCACCACUCAAGACAGCAUCACAAUUAAAUUGUCUUUCGAACGACUGUUUACGUUCUGAAGAAUCAAAACUCACGACAACUUGCGAUUGUAUCACAGUUUUCUUGGAAAAAGAAAAUUUAAAAUGUCAACUAGACGAGUCAAAACAAUUAUUGAAACAGUAUGAAAAAGACACCGAAAAAAAAUUACAUGACAUCGAAGAAGAACGUUGUAAAAAAGAGCAGGAUUUGAAUAAAUGUUUUGAAAAGGAAAAAUCGGAAUACCAAACAAAUCUGGAUAAAGUUACCGCUCAAUUGAGAGCAUGCAAAGAAACAAUAGCGUGCAAGGAAAAAGAGUUGAAAUGUUGUCAAUCAAGAGGUAUAAAAAUCAAUUAAAAAAAAGAUAUAGAAAAACUAAAAGAAGCAUUAAAAUGCAAAGAUAAAAAAAUCAAAGACAGUGAAAGUCAAAUGACUACGUUGAAUGAUUGUUUGGAAGAGUGCAAAAAACAAUUUGUAACUCUUAAAUGCUCAUUAGAGUUGGAAAAAGCCACUAAAUUAGAGUUGAAUAAACAAUUGGAAUCAUUGGACGAUCAACCCGAAAAGAAGACCGUAAAGAAGUUAAAACCAUCUGAAAAAUCUAUAGUCAAGAACUAUCGGAAAAGUGGGUCCGUACGGAAAAAGAUAUCUAAGAGUAGCGUUCAUGAGCAAAAAAAGGUGAUGACACCUUGUGAAAUGAAAAGAAUGAGGUCGGGAGCCGACCGCGAAACGGGAUACGACUUUAGUGGAACUGAACUAAAGAUGCGUACUUAUCGUCGUCAUUACACCGGCUAUAAAGACAUUAGUCGCAGCUGUCCGGAUGUUUGCAAGGAUUCACAAGGACUCGGAAAAGGCGACCGGGUGACACACGAACUACCAAUCGAAUUCAUCGAAUCGUUGCGGCAACAAGUGCGACAAAAUGUCGUCUGCGACAACACCAAAUGUUUUACGAUGGGAUGCUGCUACAAAUUCCGCUUCCGGCGUUAG